AUGCAUGCGCACACAAAUUUAGAAAACAGAGAAAUUGGCCAACCACCCACACUAAUAUUAUUUAGUGGCUCCUGGGGAUGUGAUAAGAUAGGGACACGCAUAUAUGAGCCGAGCCAACCAAAUCGUACAGCACUGUAAAUGACACAUUUACCACAAUCGUUAAUGGCUUCUUCACUGAGCAGCGCCACCACUUUCCGCCUCCUAGACUCCCGCUCCACCGCCGUCCCUAAGCUUUCUUUCUUCUCUGCUUCUUCUUCUUCUUCUUCUCUGUCGUUCUCUUUCUCUACUUCGUCUCUCAAAUGCCUUCGAUCCUCUCCUCUCAUUCACCAGAAGAGAUGGUUGGUGAAUGCGACGAACCGAGGGUUUGGCACGUCAGCAUCGCCUAAAUGUGCGGCUUCGGAUCCGGAUCAGUUGAAGAGUGCGAGAGAAGACAUCGCCGAGCUCCUGAAAACCAAGUUUUGCCAUCCUAUUUUGGUUCGCCUAGGGUGGCAUGAUGCGGGUACUUAUAACAAGAAUAUUGAGGAGUGGCCGCAAAGGGGUGGAGCUAAUGGAAGUCUUAGAUUUGAAGUUGAGCUUAAACAUGAAGCUAAUGCUGGUCUUGUGAACGCAUUGCAACUGAUUCAACCCAUAAAGGACAAAUACCCUGUUAUCACUUAUGCAGACCUGUUCCAGUUGGCCAGUGCUACUGCUAUUGAGGAAGCCGGUGGCCCGAAAUUACCCAUGAAGUAUGGAAGAGUGGAUGUCUCAGGACCUGACCAGUGCCCUGAAGAAGGAAGGCUUCCUGAUGCUGGCCCUCCCUCACCUGCGGAGCAUCUGCGAAGUGUUUUCUAUAGAAUGGGAUUAAAUGAUAAGGAAAUAGUUGUAUUAUCUGGUGCACAUACACUGGGAAGGUCUAGACCUGAACGCAGUGGUUGGGGAAAACCAGAAACAAAGUAUACGAAAGAUGGACCUGGAGCUCCUGGAGGGCAGUCCUGGACAGUGAAGUGGUUGAAAUUUGAUAAUUCCUACUUCAAGGAUAUCAAAGAAAAAAAAGAUGAAGAUCUUCUUGUGUUGCCCACUGAUGCUGUCCUUUUUGAAGAUCCUUCAUUCAAGGUAUAUGCUGAGAAAUAUGCUGAGGAUCAGGAAGCAUUUUUUAAGGAUUAUGCUGAAGCCCAUGUCAAACUCAGCAACCUUGGUGCCGAAUUUGAUCCUCCUGAGGGUAUCAUGAUAGAUGAUAGUCCCACAAAACCUGCACCAGAGAAGUUUGUAGCUGCCAAGUAUUCUUCUGGGAAGAGAGAGCUAUCAGACGCUAUGAAGCAGAAGAUUCGGGCAGAGUAUGAAGCAAUUGGUGGAAGCCCAGAAAUGGGAAGCACAGUGAGAAAUGCAGAGAAACUGGUUGAGAGAUACAUGAAAGGGAAUGACGCCUCCCAUGAUGCAUCUCACGUUUGGCGGGUCAGAGAUCUCGCCCUCUCUCUUGCUCAAGAAGAAGGCCUUUCUUCCCACCCAGACUCCAUGGAAAUUGUAGAGCUUGCUGCACUUCUCCAUGAUAUAGGUGACUACAAGUACUUGAGAGAUCUAUCUGAGGAGAAGAUUGUUGAGGACUUUCUUGAGGAAGAAGGUGUAGAGGAAAACAAGAAGAUAAAGAUACUAAGCAUCAUUAAGAAAAUGGGUUUCAAAGAUGAACUUGCCGGGGUUGUAAGUGGUGAAUUUUCUCUAGAAUUUGGGGUGGUGCAAGAUGCUGACCGUCUUGAUGGAAUUGGUGCUAUUGGGAUUGCUCGAUGCUUUACCUUUGGUGGAAGUAGAAACAGAGUCCUUCAUGAUCCUGCCAUUCUGCCACGUUCAGAUUUGUCCAAAGAUCAGUACAUGAAGAAAGAUGAUCAGACAACUCUGAACCAUUUUCAUGAGAAACUUCUCAAGCUGAAGGAUUUCAUGAAAACAAAGGCUGGUCGGAGGAGGGCUGAGAAAAGGCAUAUGUUCAUGGAGGAGUUCUUGAAGGAGUUCUAUGAAGAAUGGGAUGGGAGAGCUUAAAUGCUGUAGGCCUGUCACUUUUCCCAUUUAAAAUCAUUUCAUGAUUUAAUUCAUUCUUAAUCUUUGGACUUCAAGUGGAAAAAUUGCCGGAAACUUGCUCGCCUUUGCAGCAGGUUCUAUAGAAAAAUUUGUUAUGAGAGAGUAAUGUUCAACUUGAGUUGGGAAGGGAUGAAAUAUUAUAUCAUCGAACAUUCUAUUUGACUUAAAAAUAAAAAAAAAUAAAAUAAUUGCAUUUACCCCAUUUA